AUGUCUGCUUUGUGGGAGGACGUCUUCAGCAACGCACAGCUGCUAGAGGAGGUGGCGCCCAUCGCUGUAGAUUUCGCCUUGCUGCAGGGUGUUCUUAUGAGGACAAAGGAGAGUCCAAACUCUUCCGAUGUUGUGAACUUUGCCCCUUUCACUCUGCUCCCUUCCCCAGUGCCCAGAUCCCUCUUUGAACAAGCAAAGUCUGUACAGGAAGAUUUUAAUCUCCUGGUGGAUCGGCUCAGUCAGAACCCCACAUUCCUGGAACAGACACUCGCCAGUGCCAUGAAGGUGGACGAUUUUAUCGAACGACUUUUUAAAGUCUACAGACACGUUUUGCAUGAAGGUCUGGCACAGUCUGUGUUUUUAGGCAUCAAUCGAUCGGAUUAUAUGUUUGACUGCAAAGAAGAUGGGACAACGGCGCUGAAGCAGAUUGAGAUUAAUACCAUCGCUGCAAGUUUCGGAGGCCUCUCAUCAAGGACGCCUGCAGUUCACCAACAUGUACUGAGGACCUUGGGGAAGUCGGAGGAAGCCCGUAAAAUUCUGUCAAACGACCCGUCCCUUGGGAUAUCCCGCGGUAUUGCAAAGGCUUGGGAACUGUACGACUCGCAGAAGGCUGUUGUCAUGUUCUUGGUUGAGAAUGUGCAGAGGAACAUUUUCGAUCAUCGUUACAUUGAGAAUGAACUGUGGAACAGAAAUAUCAAAGUCAUCAGAAGACGUCUUACAGAUGUCUAUGAAAGAGGAUCCUUAGAUGAAAAGAAGCGCCUAUAUGUGGAUGGAUACGAGGUUGCAGUGGCCUAUUUUAGAACCGGAUACAUGCCUCAGGAUUACAAUGAACAGGGUUGGGAAGCUCGUCUGAUGAUGGAGAGAUCCGUGGCUGUGAAGUGCCCAGAUAUAGCGACCCAGCUUGUCGGCACCAAGAAGGUCCAGCAAGAACUGAGCCGCCCGCAGGUUUUGGAGAAGAUUUUUCCUGACUUUCCAGAGGCCGUGGCCCGAAUCCGGGAGACUUUUGCAGGCUUGUACUCCUUGGAUAUUGGUGAAGAAGGAGAUCAGACUGUAAAAAUUGCUCUUGCCAACCCAGAGCACUAUGUGUUAAAACCACAAAGAGAAGGAGGAGGAAACAAUAUCUAUGGAGACGAGAUCAGAGAAGUCCUGGAAAAGGUUAGACACAGCAGUGAGCGCACCUCCUAUAUACUGAUGGACAAGAUCAAGCCUCAGCCGGUGAGGAAUUGUCUGCUGAAGGCAAACGGCAAGUUUGAAAUCUCCGAGUGUAUCAGUGAGCUGGGCGUGUUUGGGGUCUAUGUCAGGCAAGGUGGAGAGAUGGUUCUCAAUGAGCGAGUGGGUCACCUCCUCCGGACAAAAGCCACAGAGCAUGCAGAUGGCGGUGUAGCGGCCGGGGUAGCGGUCCUGGACAAUCCGUAUCUUGUG